AUGGAGAGACGGCGUGACAAAUACACGAGCCUCGAUGAGGACGUGAUGAAUCAAUCUAUUCUCCACAUUGAAGAUAUCGAAGGAAUCACCACCGACAUCGAUGACAAGCCUGUGAGCGCAACUGUAGGCGUCGCUCCUCAUCAAGGCAGCCGUCUACCAAAAAUGACGAAAUAUGAGCUGCCAUCUAUUGAUAAACUCACCGGGGAGGAAACGGACUCGCCGAACUAG